AUGCCUAAGCUACAUUUCAUCACCCUCGGCGUAUCCGUUUUCGCCGGCCUCUCCGUCGCUGCGCCAUCGAUCCCUUUCAUUACGCCAAACACGAUAGUUCCUCUCACGAAGUCACCAGCGGUCUCUUCAACCCUCGAGAGCCGCCAGUCUGCCUGCUUCGUGAUUGGCAGCGACACCCUGCCGGCAGAGGUUGCGACCGUGGUGACCAACAUCCAAUCUGACAUCACCUGCGAUGCUUCAGUGAAGACCCUUUCUGGUGUGCCCGACGUCACAAGUGGGGGCGUCUCCUUCUCCUCCAUCGACUUCAGUCAAUCCAACCAGACUCCUCUAGAAUUUGCCUUGUCGAAAUUCGCCACGGCCAACCCCCUUGCUAGUAGCGACCUGCAGACAUUCCAAGACCAGCUCAACACAUACCUCGCGACAGAGGCCGGCAUCCGCAGUGUCGGUGGAAAUUUGGCUAUCAAGGUGCCCAAGUUCUUCCUUCAGUUUCAAGUCAGUCGUAUCCAGACAGCACAGGGCAAUCCGCCCACAGCAGCAGGAUUGCAGGUAGACCAUCUUCGGGAUAAGGUUACAAAGAACGCUGCCGGCGAGGACAAGGCUUUACUGGACCAAGUAGUUGCUUUGGCCACGCAAUUGAAGUAG